UAGGUGUCAGCCACCCUGCCUGGCCCUAUCUUCUCUUUCAACUCCAGUGUCUUCCCUGAGAUGUUCUGUUACACCAGGGGUUUGGUCUAGGUCCUGUUGCUUGCUGUACAGAAAGCCAAUCACUGAGUCAAGGAGUAUUGCUGGGAAAGAAGGCCUUAUUUGGGUGCUGCGGCCAAGCAGAAUAAAGGAUCAGUCUUGAAUUCAUCUCCUCAAGCUACUAAAAUUUGGGGUCUACAAAGUUGGGAAGGAAAGUAACUAUGUGUGGGAAAACAGGAAUUAAGGAGGGGUAAGAAAGGGGAGUUGGUCAACAGGCAAGUGAUCAGUUAGGUCAGUGAGGUGUCUGGUGUCUCAUUGUUUAGAUGUGAUAAUCUGGUAAGUUUCAAUUCCUUGAAGCUUUCUGGGAGGCUUGAUGGUUGGUUUACCAAGAAAGGAACCCUGAUAAGACAAAUGUAACUUUCUUAAGUUUUACCCUGGGAGGGUCAAUUUCUAAGUUUAUUCAAAAGAAACCCAAAACAUCUAUUUUUUAGGACAGUUGGGCUGGUUUUAAUUUCUUGCCACUCAAUCACUUUCCUCUCCAUUCCUAUCUACGCUUACUCCCAGAAGUAAUCGCUCCAAUAAAUUAUCAUGUAGUACUUAUUAUUCAUUUUUAUUAUUUAAAUUUUACAUUACCUUGCCUUCCAUAUAAUGCAACAUCAGACAAGCCUUUUCAUCUCUCUAAGCCUCAGUUUCCCAUUUGUAAAAUGGAAAUGUAAUUAUAAGCCUUACAUAGUUAUUACAAGUUUUUAAAAUAUUUACAAAGCACUUAAGCACAAUGCCUGGGAUUUGAUGAGUUUUCCAAAAUGAUAGUGAAUAUUAUUUCACAUCUUUAUCCGAUCAUGAACUCCUUAAAGGCAAGGACCACAUCUUAUUCAUUUUAUUUUCUGGACAUAGGGUCUGGUGCUCCAUGAAUGUCUGUUGAAUUGCAUUUCUUGCCCCUGAAUAGAAGCUAGGUCUCUACAUCUGCUUCUAUAUCUCCAUUUAUUUAUAGACCUCUUUGAGACCUCUAAGUGAUAUGCUUUAAAAACAGACAUAUAUAAUAAUAAUAUCUAUUUAUUAUUUGAGUCUUGUUCCUCAAAACUAUACCUAACAGAAAAUUAAAUCUCUCCACAGGUCUUCUAGAGUACACUAAAGUAGAAGAUAACAUAAGAUUUUUAUCUUACCAUGAAAGUGUUAUCUGAAGGACAGUUAAGGCUUUGUGUUGUUCAACCAGUACAUCUCACUUCAUGGCUCCUUAUAUUUUUUAUUCUAAAGUCUAUCUCUUGUCUAAAACCUGCUCGACUUCCAAUUUAUCAAAGAAAACCUUUUAUAGCUGCUUGGAAUGCUCCAACAGAUCAGUGUUUGAUAAAAUAUAAUUUAAGACUAAAUUUGAAAAUGUUUCCAGUGAUUGGAAGCCCACUGGCCAAGGCCAGGGGGCAAAAUGUCACUAUAUUUUAUGUCAACAGAUUGGGAUACUAUCCGUGGUAUACAUCACAAGGGGUCCCCAUUAAUGGAGGUCUCCCACAGAACAUAAGUUUAAAAGUACAUCUGGAAAAAGCUGACCAAGAUAUUAAUUAUUACAUCCCUGCUGAAGAUUUCAGUGGACUUGCUGUUAUAGAUUGGGAAUAUUGGCGACCACAGUGGGCCCGGAACUGGAACGCAAAAGACGUCUACAGAAAGAAGUCAAGAAAGCUUAUUACCGAUAUGGGAAAGAAUGUAUCAACUAUGGAUAUUGAAUAUUUAGCUAAAGUGACCUUUGAAGAAAGCGCAAAAGCUUUCAUGAAGGAAACCAUCAAAUUGGGAAUUAAGAGUCGACCCAAAGGUCUUUGGGGUUAUUAUUUAUAUCCUGAUUGUCACAAUUAUAACGUUUAUGCCCCAAACUAUACUGGGUCAUGCCCGGAAGAGGAAGUCUUGAGGAACAAUGAGCUCUCUUGGCUCUGGAACAGCAGUGCUGCUUUAUAUCCUUCUAUUGGUGUCUGGAAAUCCCUUGGAGACAGUGAAAACAUUUUGCGCUUCUCCCAAUUUCGGGUACGUGAAUCCAUGAGAAUCUCCACCAUGACAUCUCAUGAUUAUGCCUUGCCUGUAUUUGUCUAUACAAGGCUAGGGUACAGAGAUGAACCUUUAUUUUUUCUUUCUAAGCAAGAUCUAGUCAGCACCAUAGGAGAAAGUGCUGCCUUGGGAGCUGCAGGCAUUGUUAUUUGGGGAGACAUGAAUUUAACUUCAUCCAAGGCCAACUGUACAAAGGUGAAGCAGUUUGUGAGUUCUGAUUUAGGGAGCUACAUAGCCAAUGUGACCAGAGCUGCUGAGGUAUGCAGCUUUCACCUCUGCAGGAACAACGGGAGGUGCAUAAGGAAGAUGUGGAACUCACCCACUUACCUUCACUUGAACCCUGCAAGUUACCACAUAGAGGCCUCUGAGGAUGGGGAAUUUACUGUGAAAGGAAGAGCAUCUGAUGCAGACCUGGCAGUGAUGGCAGAUACAUUUUCCUGUCAUUGUUAUCAGGGAUAUGAAGGAGCUGAUUGCAGAGAAGUAAAGACGGCUGAUGGCUGUUCUGGGGUUUCCCCUUCUCCUGGUUCACUAAUGACACUUUGUCUACUGCUUUUAGCAAGUUAUCGAAGCAUUCAUUUGUGAGAUAAUUGAGUUUAAAGGGAAUUGUGUGGUCUCUAGCGUAGUCAUUUAAAGAAGGAUGUAACUUAUGACAAUUUUUUUCUCUUAUGAAUUCUACUGAGAGGUAUUAUAAGUAGACAUAUGUAUGUCACUUAACAUAAACAGAAAGAUAUUAUUUUAUUUGCCUCCAAUCUGGCUAGGAAAUCAGAUCUGGAGUAAAGUCAAUGUACACUUCCUCUUUAUUGGAACAUUUAAGUUGCAUUUAAACUAAAACUAGUAUAAUGUAGUCUUUACAUGAAUGUACAUACAUAAAAUUAUACAUAAAAUAUUAAAUUACUCAUUUCAAAGACUUUUUUUUCAAGUUGGCAGUUUAUUUAAGGACACAUUACUAAGUAAUCAUCUGAUUUAACAGAAGGGGUCACCUGGUCAACUGGUCCAUUGAAGAGGACUAACUGCAGUUUCUAUUCUAGCCUCGAGUUCACACUAGGUUUCUAUUUCCCACUUGGACUCAUUGAGUGCAGAACCAUUCCUGGCAUGGCUUCUCAUGAGGGGCCAGAGACUGAGGUAAGGGGGAGUCAUUCCCGACCUACCAAGCACCAAUUCUAAGAUGGCACUUUGAGUCCUUCCUUCACAGACCCUGGCAGUCUGAAUACUGUGAAGGCUUUGGGAUAAUAUUCAUGUUGACCUACGCUGACACUGCUGUAGAUCUGGAAGCUGGAGCCAUAUUAGUAAAAAUGUAGUUGGUGACUUUUGCAAGCAAAAAUCAUUAUGUAGAAAAAGUGACAUUUAAGGGGCCCAGAAGUGCUAUUGAAAAAGAGGUCUAUGCAAAAUGUUAGAUAUUUUUGCUUUCCCCUUCCCAUAUAUGACUUUUGAAUGGGGAAUUUAGAGUCAUUUUGCAUCUAAUUUGAAUCAUGGUUUCACUACGUAUCUGAUUGUGUGACCUUGGGAAAGUUACCUACAGUCCUUGUUUUGUUAUCUGAAAAUCAGUAAUAUAACUCCUACCUCAAUUAAUUAUUCUGAGGAGUAAAUGGAAUAACAUACCCCUUGCAUACUUGGACUCUGCUGUUGAUCCUCAACUGACUUUAUUUUAUUUUAUUUUUUUGUAGUGAUGUGGUCUUGUUUUGUUAUUCAGGCCGGCCUCGGACUUCUAGGCUCAAGAGAUCCUCUUGCUCAGCCUCCCAAAGUUCUGGGAUUGUAGGUAUGAGCCACUGCACCCAGCCUCAACCAACUCUUGACUACCAAAGUAACAGAAAAGUGCAGGAUAAAACGGGGUCUUGGGCAAUUUUCACUUCUUGAUGCUAUAUUCUGUUUAAAAUCACUUAUACACAUUAUGUUGUUCUCUUGAGAGUCAUGUUUAAUUGAUAGGACUUCCUUCUUUUGGAGACAAUCUACUUGAAAGGUAAACUCAAAAUAAACAUGACGCUGCUGUAGAAGGAAUUAUAGUUGAUUCAACCUCCUUCUUCACCUCUGUUUUUCUGUGAAACAUUUGAAAUCCAGGUGCGUUCUUUUCAACUCUGAGUCUCUGCUCAGACCUCAGUAGGUCUUCAACAAGUAUUGUUAAAUGAAGGAAUUAGUGAGUGAUUCAGAAACCUGAAUUGGUAGAACCUAUAAAUACGUUGUAAUUAUUUUUAACUCUGCACAUCAAUAGUGAGUUAUUAUAAAGUUCUCCUCAAGCAUUACUGUUCUAUUUUUAUCCUAACAGAUUAGCUUGUACAAUCAUAUAUCCUCAUUCCCCUGUGAAUAAUUGAGACCUGAAGAGAAUAAAUCUCUUGACAAAUUCAAAUGACGAGUUUGUAAAAGAGCCCAGUUUGUAAUCCCAGUUGCUGAGUUUUCUUUCUAUCAUAACUUUGUCUUCCUCUUCUUGUAAUUGAAUUCAAAUAUACUUGUUCUAAUUUUAAGCAUAAAUUUAAUGCAUUUAAACAUUUUUCUUAAUUUGGUCUGCUACUACUGGUUAUGUUCAGUCAUUUCUCACAUUUUGCAGCUGUAGAUUACCUGUGUAUUUACUUUGGCUCACUGCUCCUGGAUAGGAAAUCUACCUCCUGCUCUGCUUGAUGACCUCGGCUUCUUGGGAUCAUUGUAAAUUUCCUUUAUAGAAACAGCAAGAUACCAGUCACUCUAAUCUUUGGUGCUCUCCCUUAUAAGAGGGAGAUAAUUAAUAAUAAUAAUUAAAAAAAUUUUUUUGUCCUUUUAUACAGAUUUAAUGAUAUAAACUAGGUAACAUAGCACAAAGGCUGGCACAUAAAACAUUCUAGGAAAUGUUAGCUGUUAUUAUGAAGUACUUUCAAUACUGGUUCUCAUAAAAGCUGUGAUAGGUAAUAUUUCUAUUUUGAAGUACAAGAAAUUAUGUAUGACUCAGAAUAGUGAAAUGACUUACUUAAUAUCACACAGAAGUUCCCAGGAUUUAAACCUUUACUUUUGAAACCUCAACUAGUAUUCUUUCCAUCAGAUCUCAGCAGAAACUAUAGAAGACUUAUGUGUACUUUUUAAAAACCAAUUUACAGAGAAAUAUAAUUCACAAGUAUAGUGAUUCUGGUAUCAGGCAGUCAGUGCUUUUUUUGACCCUGUGGAAGAAAAACUGUUAAAUUAACUUGUCUAGUAGCAAUGCACCCAUCUGACAUACUCUAAGUGUCUAAAUUUUAUUUAUUCAUAAAGAAACCAGAGCCUCUUAGGAAAAUGUCUGAUUCCAGGCCUAUCUAAGACAGAAAUUGCUCAAGAUGAGUCUGGAAUCUCUUGUUAUAACAUAAACCAAAGAAGCUAUCAAGGAUUACUAGGAUUGUAUCAAAAGCACCCUUGAGUCAACUUAAACAGCCUCCCACUGUCAAACAAGUGAAAUUUGAAAAUCACUGAAGAAAUACUAACUGCAAUGGGUUGAAAUACAUCAGAUAUAUUUAAAUCCAUGAAGUCAAAAUGAUACUAAAAAAACCCCAAAAUUUUUCAUUGUCCUCUUUUGAACAACUCAUUACUCUGAAAACUGAUAAUCAUUCAUUUAUUCUGCAUUUCCUACAUAAUCUAUACCUGAGCAUAACCAAAUAGUGAGAGUAAAUUUCUUUUUAUUCAAGCCAAUAAAUGGGGAAAGUGUGAUGUAAUUAGAAUAGAACAAUUUUGUAACUUCUAAUUAAUGGAUAGAGGCAUUGAUCCUCAAUAGUUGCUAAAAUCACAAAAAAGAGUCAAACAGACAAUUAUAUACCACCUAGUUGAAGUAUGAAACAUUAACUAAGAAUAAUCCUUUCAGAAAUCAAGCUGAAAUUUGAUCAGACCUUUAAAAUAUAGCUACUUCCAACGUUUUCAGUAUGGUUUGGGGAAAAAAAAAUCUAUCCACUAACUCAAGAAACAUAAAGAAUAAGGGAAAAUGCUAAACAAGAAGUAAGAGAUGACAUCAUCAAAAUUUAGAUCCUAGGGAAUUCCACAGGACAAACAACUUGAAUUUAUCAACAAAUAGGAAAAAAAAAUGGAGAAGGAAUCCAUAUGUAUAUCAACAUGGAGCUUGCUAAAUUAUAGUACAUCUGCAUAUUGGGGUAGUAUUCAAUUUUACAAAGAAAUGAGGAAUAACGUCUAUAUGCUGAUCUCAAAAGAUGUCUAAAAAUUAUCUUGUUUAGACUUUAUUUUGACUGCCUUCUAAUCAUAUUGAGAAAAACUCAUGAUCUCAGAUAUUAGGAAUGUAUUUUCGGUCACAAUUUAGAAAGACUUCCUGGAGAUAGCUAAACUAAAGUUUCUUAAGCAUGUACUGGGCCUGAAAUUCUAAGGAUCUUAUGAAUGUACUGAGUUUGAAAUUCUAUAACAGAUAAAAAGCCAUAAAUGAUUCAAGGAAAUGGUAAUUUCAUCAAGUAAAGGAAACUAGGAAAAGCCAUUUGAAGCCACACACAACAAAUAUAAAAUAAUAUAUGGUGCUGUCAUUGUUUUUGAGAUUUUGCUUAUUCUAAACCUUGAACAACAGGUCUGUUACAGUAUUAUAAUUAUAAACUUAUAUAAUAAAGAAUUAAUAAUUGGAAAAAUUAAUUUUGUACCAAAGUGAAUGUUAGUAUUAUGGUUUUUGUUCCUACCAGAGAACUAAAUACAUACAGACACUGUCACUUUUGUAUUUAAUGCCGAUCUUAAGAACUUGGAAAAAUUUGAAUGUUACUGAAAAUUCAUAUAUGAACUGGACACUUUGUUCCCUUCUGAGGGCCCAGGAGCUAUCAAUCUUUUAUUUCUAGUAUCACCUUAAUUGUAUAAACUUAAAAUGGGGGAUUUUGUUCUCUGUUUCUGGAAAAUAAAAGUUCUUGGGUUAUCAUUGGGGCUACUUAGUGCAUUCUGCAUUCCGUUCCACUAAGACACCUAGUAUAGUGGUUAAUUGUAUGUGUCAACUUGACUGAGCCAUAAACUGUGUUUAUUCUGAGUGUGUCUAUGAGGGCAUUUUGGAAUGAGGUUAACAUUUGAACCAGAAGACUGAGUAAAGCAGCUUGUCCUCCCCAGUGUGGUGGGCCUCAUCCAAUCUGUUGAAGGCCCGAAUAAAGGCAGUGUAAGGGAGACUUACGCUCUGUGUUUGAGCUGGGACGUUGGUCUUUUCCUGUUUUCAGACUCAGACACAAACUGAAAUUAUGCCAUUAGCCCACCUCAUCCUCAGUCCUGUAGAGUCAGACUUGAACUAUAUAAUCGAGUCUCCUGAACCGCCAGUUUUCCAACUACAGACCUUGGAACUUCUCAGCCUCCA